AUGCAGCUGCCGUGGGCAGGGCAGGGCUCUGGCAAUGAGUCUCUGCUGCCAGUGGCCGGAGUGCCCAUCAUCACCGGCGAUGCGGCCGAUUCGCCGCGGCAGGGCAGAUCAGAUUCAAAGUCUGGACAUGCCCGGACAUCAUCGGUGCAUGCGCGGGGAGUGGCUAAGGAGUUUUCCUUCAUGACCCCCAGCGAAGCUGCCGCGCAGUUACGAACGUCGCUUACUUACGGCCUCACGCCCAACGAAGCAUUGAAACGACUCGGCGAAUACGGACCCAAUGAAAUACCACACGAGGAACCGGAACCGCUUUGGCUCCGGUUCGUCAAGCAAUUCCAAGAACCGCUAAUUGUACUUUUACUAGUAUCCGCGGGAACAUCACUGCUCUUGGGCAACAUGGACGAUGCUAUCAGCAUUACUGUGGCGGUAACCAUUGUCGUUUCCGUGGGCUUUGUCCAAGAGUAUCGAUCCGAGAAAUCCAUCGAGGCUCUCAAUCACCUGGUGCCGAAUCACGCACACCUUGUACGAGGCUCGCCGAAUAAGUCGUCUACUUUACCGAAACCUCCCACCUGGCCCCCCAGCGUCAACGGCCUUCAAGACCCGGCCGAUAGUUCUGGUUUGAUCACACCAAUCGAAGAUAUUCUGGAUGCGACUUCGUUCAAGGUUGGGGCCUCUCAGCUUGUACCAGGAGACCUCGUCUUAUUUACUACUGGCGAUCGUAUUCCCGCCGAUAUUCGAGUUACUAAGGCGGCCGAUCUGACCAUUGAUGUCUCCAACCUAACUGGCGAAACAAAACCUGAGCGGAUAACGACCGAAUCGCACUCUCAGGGAUUGAACAUUCAAAGCUUCAAUCAAUUCCACAAGCAGACAUCUCUCGCCCCAGCAGCGCCCAUAGGCACUCCUGAGUCUGAGAGCGGCGCUAAGAACAUUGCAUACAUGGGUACUCUGGUAAAAUCUGGACACGGGCAAGGAAUUGUUUUCGCUACUGGCGGGAACACUUAUUUCGGAUCGAUUGCCUCGAGCGUUUCCGGGACGGAAAACCCUAGGUCGCCUUUGCAGUUGUCGAUGGACGACCUUGGCUCACAGCUGAGCAAGGCAUCAUUUGUUGUGAUUGGGUUGAUAUCGCUUGUUGGCUGGUUGCAAGGGAAGAAGUUGCUGGAGAUAUUCACCAUUUCUAUCUCGUUGGCCGUUGCAGCCAUCCCAGAAGGAUUGCCCAUUAUUGUAACCGUCACUCUGGCUCUUGGUGUACAUCGGAUGGCCAAGCGUCAUGCCAUCGUGCGCUGGAUGCCCAAGGUUGAAACUCUUGGCUCCGUCAAUGUAGUGUGCACUGACAAGACCGGCACUUUGACCACUAACCAUAUGACCACUGUCCAAAUGUGGUGCUUUGGAGAGGGCGGUUCGUUCAACGUAUCUUCAGACGCUGAGGUUGAAGAAUUCAAACCGACGCAAGCGGCUUUACAUAUUCUACGGAUCGGAAACCUUGCAAACAAUGCACGACUAUCAAAGAAUUACACGGAAAGCGGCGCCGCCGCAAGUGCGGUCUUGUCAUCGACACUGGGCCGCGAAGAGGGAUCUACUUAUACUCGCUGGGUUGGCCAACCGACAGAUGUAGCUAUGCUCGAUCUGCUUGACAAAUUCAAAGAACACGAUAUACGAGACUCCAUGGGCCCUCGCAUUACAGAAGUGCCCUUCAGCUCUGAGAGAAAGUGGAUGGGAGUUACCGUUGGAAGCGAAAAGGAGUAUGCAUACAUGAAGGGAUCGAUUGAGAAGGUUCUCGCCGCUUGCGACACAUAUAUGGAGAAGGACGGACGGGAAAUUGUACUGGAUAAUGCACGACGUCAAGAGGCAAUGGCAGCUGCCGAGGCCAUGGCAUCCAAAGGACUUCGAGUGCUUGCCUUUGCUAGUGGCCAAGUGCCCAGAUCCUCAAGAACGCGCUCAUCGGCUGCUGACACACGAAGCAACACACCCGGCGACGGUGCUUCUAGUCCGGUCAUUCCCCAGGGCUCCGAAGAUUCCUACAAGGGCCUUACAUUUGCCGGCUUGGUCGGUAUGAGGGACCCCCCGAGGCCUGGCGUUGAACGCUCCAUCCGACGGCUGAUGCGAGGUGGCGUCAGAGUCAUCAUGAUUACGGGUGAUGCAGAAACUACGGCACUUGCGAUUGGUAGACAGCUAGGAAUGAAUAUCGCUAUUCCUAGCGCUCAUUUACCGGGUCAGAACGAGGUCAAGGCUGUUUUAAGAGGAGACGAGAUUGACAGAAUGUCGGACGGGGACCUCGCCGAAGCGAUGCAGCACACCACCAUUUUCGCGAGAACUAACCCGGACCACAAGAUGAAGAUUAUCCGCGCUCUCCAGUCCCGAGGAGACAUUGUAGCAAUGACAGGCGACGGCGUAAACGAUGCGCCUGCCUUGAAGAAGGCCGAUAUUGGUAUUGCAAUGGGACGCCAUGGAACCGAUGUUGCCAAAGAAGCAGCAGACAUGAUUUUAACCGACGACGAUUUCUCCACCAUUUUACGUGCCAUUGAAGAAGGCAAGGGAAUAUUCAACAACAUUCAGAACUUCCUUACAUUCCAACUGAGCACGAGUGCGGCGAGCUUGGCCCUGGUAUUUGUCUGUACAUGCUUCGGGUUCAAGAGCCCCUUGAAUGCUAUGCAGAUUCUUUGGAUUAAUAUUAUCAUGGAUGGCCCUCCUGCGCAGUCGCUCGGUGUCGAAACAGUUGACCCUGAUGUGAUGAACAGGCCGCCAAGAAAGCGCAAUGAUGCAGUUCUCACGACCAAACUCAUACAGAGAGUUUUGACUUCGGCUGCCAUCAUCAUGGUUGGCACAAUGCUCACGUACCGGCAACAGAUGGCCGACGGCAUCGUCACCCGCCGGGACACUACCAUGACCUUUACUUGUUUCGUCUUCUUUGACAUGUUUAACGCUCUUAGCUGCCGCUCUGAAUCAAAAUCGGUGCUGCGUGGCGAGGUGGGCUUAUUCUCGAAUAACUUAUUUAACUGGGCAGUUUCUCUGUCUAUCAUCGGUCAACUACUUGUCAUCUACCUUCCAUGGCUGCAAGAAGUUUUCCAGACAGAAGCCAUUGGGCUGGGUGAUUUGUUACGACUCGUCAUGCUUUGCAGCACGGUGUUUUGGGCAGAUGAAUUACGAAAGUAUCUGAAGUAUGGGCGGCGGCGUUUGGGCGGCGGAUACAGCCAAGCGGUAUAA